GAAGCUGAAUAUGGUGGACAUGAUCAGAUUGAUUUAUAUGAUGAUGUAAUUUCUCCAUCUGCAAAUAAUGGAGAUGCCCCAGAAGACCGUGAUUACAUGGAUUCUCUCCCACCAUCUGUCGGGGAUGAUGUGGGUAAAGGAGCUGCACCAAACGUUGUCUAUACAUAUACUGGAAAGAGAAUUGCCUUGUACAUUGGAAAUCUUACUUGGUGGACAACAGAUGAAGAUUUAACUGAAGCAGUUCAUUCACUGGGGGUAAAUGAUAUUUUGGAGAUAAAAUUUUUUGAAAAUCGUGCUAAUGGCCAAUCAAAAGGGUUUGCCCUUGUGGGUGUGGGAUCGGAAGCAUCCUCCAAAAAGCUGAUGGAUUUGUUGCCUAAAAGAGAAUUGCAUGGGCAGAAUCCUGUUGUAACUCCAUGUAAUAAACAAUUUCUGAGUCAGUUUGAAAUGCAGUCAAGGAAAACUACGCAGUCUGGACAGAUGUCUGGGGAAGGUAAAGCUGGUCCCCCAGGAGGAAGCUCACGAGCAGCAUUUCCACCGAGUAAUAGAGGGCGAGGCCGUUUUCCAGGUGCCAUUCCAGGGGGAGACAGAUUCCCUGGACCGGCAGGCCCUGGAGGGCCACCACCACCUUUCCCAGCUGGACAAACUCCCCCACGUCCACCAUUAGGUCCUCCUGGUCCACCAGGCCCACCAGGCCCUCCACCUCCUGGUCAGGUCCUCCCACCUCCAUUAGCUGGACCUCCUAAUCGUGGUGACCGUCCACCACCACCAGUUCUGUUUCCAGGACAGCCUUUUGGUCAGCCUCCACUUGGGCCACUUCCUCCAGGCCCUCCACCACCAGUUCCAGGCUACGGGCCACCACCAGGUCCACCACCACCUCAGCAGGGUCCACCUCCACCUCCAGGUCCAUUUCCCCCUCGUCCACCUGGCCCUCUUGGGCCACCCCUGACUCUUGCUCCUCCUCCACAUCUCCCUGGCCCACCUCCUGGUGCUCCACCACCUGCACCACAUGUGAAUCCAGCUUUCUUUCCCCCACCUGCCAAUAGUGGCAUACCUACUUCAGACAGUCGUGGCCCACCUCCAACAGAUCCAUAUGGCCGACCUCCACCAUAUGACAGAGGUGACUAUGGGCCACCUGGAAGGCGUUUCACUGGAAAUAACAUGUCCAUAAGAGAAAAAUUACAUAUUCCAUUCUAUGGGAGGCACACGAAAAAUAAUACUCAAAACUCAGGGAGAGAAAUGGAUGCUGCAAGGACACCUCUAAGUGAAGCAGAAUUUGAAGAGAUCAUGAAUAGAAAUAGGGCGAUCUCAAGCAGUGCCAUUUCGAGAGCUGUAUCAGAUGCCAGUGCUGGGGACUAUGGAAGUGCUAUAGAGACCUUGGUAACAGCAAUUUCCUUAAUUAAACAGUCCAAAGUAUCUGCGGAUGAUCGCUGUAAAGUACUUAUUAGCUCUCUUCAGGACUGCCUUCAUGGGAUUGAGUCCAAGUCUUAUGGUUCUGGAUCCAGACGUGAGCGAUCCAGAGAGAGGGACCACAGUAGGUCACGAGAAAAAAGUAGACGCCACAAGUCCCGUAGUAGAGAUCGUCACGAUGACUAUUACCGGGAAAGAAGCCGUGAGAGAGAGAGGCAUCGUGAUCGUGACAGAGAUCGUGACAGAGAGCGAGACAGGGAGAGAGAAUAUCGUCAUCGUUAA